AUGGUACAGUGGCUAGAUGAACUUACCGAACCUGCCGGCGUAUGCAAGGGAAUUCUAAUGUGCUACAGUAUCGAUCAGCCGCUCUACCACGACUUGGUGGCAAUGGACUCUCGCGUACGCCUGUAUCAAGGACUGCCUACAGACGCUGACAUUGAGACGCUCCAGACGCCCCACUUUAUCGUAAUUGACGAUCAGUGCACCGAGUUGAAGCGCAACAAGACUGUAGUUGACCUCUUUACUAAAGAUCCCUACGGAUACCUCCUGAUCAACAACCACGUGCUUGCGGAUCCCCGGCAGAGGCUCGUGACCCACAUCUUCCCAGAUGACGUGGGCGGGGAGAUUGUGUAUAUGCCUCGC